UCUUGAGAUUAAUUAAGUGGUGAUAUUGCAUUAUCUCUACUAAAAUCUAGUAUAAUUCGUCAUUUAUCGAAAGUGUCAAGUGCCCACGAUUGUGCGUUAAAUUUUAACGUGUUUCUUACCAAAAAACGGAUUCUAAACUAUCUACACUUCCAGGAGACGAUCACUCCUCUCUGUUUAUGCGAAGCAGUGACCGUGGAAAACUCCAGUGAAAAGUUCGAAUUUUCUCUUGAGAUCAAAUUGUCGGUUUUUAUCGUUCAUCCAUGAGGUUUAUCUGUAAAAAACCAAAUUAAAAAUAAAGUGAGUUCGGUUCAACAUUCAAAAUAGUGUCGAAUUUUGUAUGGUAAACAAAAGUGACAGCGGGAGGAAUUCUUUUGCAUAUUAUGGUUUUUUAGUUGCUGCAGUGCUAGACGUGAAUUGGAAAAAUUCUGAAUUGGAUUAAAAAAAGAAUGUGUGCUUCUUCAUAGAGAGUGUCAGCUCAACCUCAAGAAGCACACUUUCCUUCAUUCUAAACAUGAAGAUCAAAGUGCCAAUCUUAAUCUCAGAAUUUAGGAAUUUCUACCAAAGAUCAAUAAUCUAAAUCUGAUAAAAAAAGCUUCCAAAGGUCUACCAGAGUGCGCUUAGAAUUAGAAUGAUACUAAGUCCAGGGAUGAUAACACUGCCAGAAAAUUCAGUAGUACUAAGACAAAUCUUAAAAGUAUAUCAGCUAAAAACGAAAAUAAUUGAUAACCCUAGAAUCCAGUGAUUCCUCGUUGGAUGCCGGGGUCUUCCCAAGCUUUCCCUUUUGAAAUUUUGUAUUCGACAGCUGAGCAUGUUCGGUAAAGUGCCUCCGUCAAAUUCACCAGGUCCUCCUCCAAACAACUCUUCCAAAAUACUUGGCAGGUCGUCUGGAUCAUGUCUGCCUUGUUUCUCAGCGGAGGAUGGACCUGCAGUUGGUAUCGAGGAUCAACCAAAAUCCUGGCGACUCCAGAACCAUGAGGCUAUCUUCACGGAACUGCCUUGCGACUUCCAGCCUUCCAGUACUGUAUCAUCAGUGUCUACGGAAAUCUCAAGACCUUGCAGAACAGAGGUGGUAAACAUGUGCUUAAAGAGUUCUCCAACGCGCGUUAGCGCAAAAUCUCCCUCCAAAGAACCGAGAAAGAAUUUCAUUAGUUCCAGCGUUCACAGAUGUUCCUCAAAUCCCAAUUGUCCUAGUGUAUCAAAAAAUUGCAGUAACGGUGCUUCCAAAUCGUCCAAAACUUCCUCUUUCUCCAGUCUGGCCAGUCCGAAUAAUGAAUCAGCGCCAAAGACUGCCAGAAAGUCGUCUAUGCCAAACCGGGAAUUUCCAGUUGAAGAAGAUGGAUCGAGAAUUAGCGAUAAUAAAUUAGUUAAUAGAGACCAAUCGAGAGUGCCAACUCCGAUUUCCAAGGCGGCUCCCAGCAGAUCUUCCGAAACUGAUUCUACGACUGGUGGUCUCUUGAGUAGCGAUCACAUCCAACCAGUUUCUCCAGAUCCAUCAACAAUUUUCUCUCCAGUUCGUGACACGAAGAUGGAGCCACGACGGAGUCUUAAGAACAAAUCUACCGCAUCUCCUGGAAAUGCCAACAACCCUCCAGCUCUUCCAAAUCCUAGUACCUGUCCUGAAAGAACCCAAGCUGAUUUUACAGCGUCAACACCCACCAAGAAUUCAGAUACUGACAAUAGGAAAAAUUGUACGAGUUUCACCCGAGAUUUGCCGACCGAGUUGCAGUCGAGUCCGAGAAGCUACAAGGAUCGGGAAAAGUGUAGAGAUCCAUGGAGACCCACUGAAAUGGAGGGAACGCUUGCGAAUUUUACUAUUUGCUCUGAAAAUCCUGUUCAGGAAGCUGGUCCCAAACGAAGAACUGGGGCAUCUUGUCAGGCUUUGAGACAUGCUGUUGCGUCCUUGAAUCGUCUUGAUGACUUCUACAUGGAGAAAAUUGGAUCUGGAUUCUUCUCCGAAGUCUUUAAGGUCACCCACAAAGUAACUGGUCAGGUGAUGGUCCUGAAAAUGAACCAACUUCCGGCUAACAGACCGAACAUGCUCAAGGAGGUCCAGCUGAUGAACAAACUCAGUCACCCGAAUAUUCUCAGAUUUAUGGGAGUUUGUGUUCACGAAGGACAACUACACGCCCUUACAGAAUACAUAAACGGUGGAAGUUUGGAGCAGCUGAUAAUGGCAAAACACAUACCACUCUCCCAUUUAAUCAGGAUGAGCCUGGCAAGGGAUGUCGCUCGAGGGAUGGCCUAUCUACAUAGUCGUGGGAUCUUUCACCGAGAUCUUACUUCCAAGAACGUGCUUAUAAAAAAAGACGAAUGUUCCGGUGAACUGAGUGCCGUCGUUGGAGAUUUUGGAUUGGCAGCCAAAAUCCCAGACCCAAGUUCAGGUUAUCGACUUAGCACGGUUGGAAGUCCUUACUGGAUGUCUCCUGAGUGUCUAAAGGGUCAAUGGUACGACCAUAGAUCCGAUAUCUUCUCCUUUGGCAUCGUCGUUUGCGAAUUAAUCGGCCGAGUGCCUGCUGACCCCGAUGUUCUACCGCGCUCAGAUAAUUUCGGACUCGAUUAUCUAGCAGUUGCGGAGAUUUGUGCAGCUGCUGAUCCACCAUCUGCCUUUUUACAACUUGCCUUCCACUGUUGCACGUACGAGCCAAAGUCGAGGCCCACGUUUCCUGAGAUCGGUUCAAUUCUCGACAAUAUUAUCGGCAACUACGAGGAGGAGAGCAAAGGCAAUUUAGGAAAGCGACAAUCAGUGGAUCCAACGUUGAUGUCAAGUGUGGAAGAAAUUGUGAGAGCUGGUCGAUCAGCGAAACGGAGAACGGCGAGACUGAGAAGUCUCUCGGCUGAUGCGAGAGGGUGUGCUAAUGCAUCACCUUCUGAUAAGGCAAGGUGCCAUUCUGCCAGGCGAGUUGCGGAACUCGCCAGCCGAAGAGAUCCUCAUUACAGGCCCAUGACAGCGAAUCCAUUCCACGCUCUAGGCGGUGUUAAGAAAAUCCUCGGGGAUCUCUUUUCAAGUUGUCUCGAGCUUCCAAGUUUGGAAGACGUCAGGGCGAGCGUCACCGACGGCGUGAGCUCGAAAUUCAAACUAGCUCAGAACGACAGCAUCGCGAAGAUUUUAGAGAGGAAGAAGCCUAGUUCGGAACCGAGUAGUCCAACUGCCAGAAAGAAGUGGGAGAAAAAGGUGGCAACGAAGGUCGGUGCAACUUGUCUCUUUGCUCAUCCCCUUUUCCGAGACGGCUGGGAACCAAGACGUCGUGGCAGCUGCGAAUCCGGCUUCUGGAGUUGCGUCGGAGAAGAUUUAAGUCCCGAGCCGCCGAAUCGUCGUCACGCAUCCACCCUGAGCAGUUCUGCAGCCAGCAGUCUCUUCCUCCUCGAUGAUCACAGGACGAGUUCAAUCUACACCGAUUCUUCUGAGGACAUAGCGAGUCUCGGUGGCGGAGAUUCCUCGUGCUGGGAAGACCGACUCGGUGGAAUUGGCUCGACUAGCAAGACGAUUUCAAAAAUCGUUGAGUAUUUCGAGAGGAAGCAGGCGACAUCAGGUAGUUUCAGAUUAGGCGAGCAUGGAUUUGACGUCGGUCCUAAUCGAAUGGCUCUGCUGAGAGCGAGUUUAGAAGGUUCGCUGCCACUCUGCAACAUUUCGGCGGCUCAGCGAUUAGUCGUUUGCGAGGGCGCUGUCAGGAGCAAACUGCCUCUCUUUGACAAAAAAUGAUGAAACCGGUUGUUCGAUGCUUCGUCCAUCGUUCAGCAAUUUUAGGGUAACUCAAACAAAGAGGCCAGGUAAAACAAUUCUCAACCAAAAACUGAGCGUGUUACGCAUAAAAGGCUAAUUAGAAGCAAACAAUGCUCAGAAAUUUUAUUGACUGUGAUCUUACUCUCUUUUCUUUUUUUUUACGGCUUUACCUGUCUCUCGUAUUCAAUGAAGUCAAUUUGGCAUAUGCGAAUUUAUACGAAAGGGAGAAUGCUACUCGAGAGCUUUUAUGCGCAACACGCAAUCGAUCAGCAGCGUUUUGCUUUCGUUUUCUGAUUUCUAAUAGUUCCUAGUAAGUAACUAUUCUUCAAAACAUCGAGACAACUUCUGAAUUUCUUUUAGUAUUUUCGGAAGGGUAGAAAGAAACAAACGUGCUACUUUUUUUUCUUGAUUUCGAGACAAGUCGUUGACAGAGUUCGCCGCAAUGUUGUAUAAGGAUCAACUGAGCGUUAGAUAAUUUUAUUCUAUUAUAAUAUAAUUAAGGUUCAUCUUUUUUUUUUUUUUUUGCUUUUCGUUAGAUUCUACCUCGAAUUUUAUCAUUUGAUACGUCUCAGUUCUACGCCUCAGCGUCAGUACAGUGUCAAAUAUCAGAUGUCUUCAUAAAUCUUAGAAAAAUCUUCCCUAGGCCUAUAUAUUGUACACGCUUAACUUGCUCGCAGGGUCUAAAACUGAUACAAGAGAAUCAUCAUAAUUUGAUUUUUUUUCAACUCCAAGUUUCAGUUUUUUUUUCAGUGUAGUAUUGCGAUUUUAAAACUGGUUUUAGCCCCUGCUAGUGCCGUUAGCAGAAGAAGUUUCAAAUUUUGCUACGGUUUAAAGAAUAAAGACCGUCCUCUUGAAAAAGGGAGGUCCCUUCCGAUUCUCCAUGCCAAAUGCAAAAUGUAUUGAUGUGUUCGUUGGGUGUAUGAUGGUGUGCUCCGAAUUGAAGAGACAAAUAGUAUAUUUUGUUGUCUGUGUAUUUUUGUCGGUGAGAAAUCUAAACUUCGACCAGAGAGAUUGCCAAGGUAAAAGAGGAUAAUAUGUAACUGAUCUAGUCAGUGUAUUAAUGAGGCGGCCUUAUAUUUUAUAUAUAAAUAUUAUUAUAUACAUGAUAGAAUUAACUAAGUAUUUAGCAUCUUAAGAAGCACGAUGCAGAUAUGGCGAAAAGGACCCAAAAGCAGUCGAUUUACAAAAUCAAUUGGAAGCAGGGUGGCCACUGAACUGUAAAAUGACGUUUUUUUUUACUUUUUGUAAACAGAAUUUAGUUCAUUGAUUCCAAGCUUUAAAUUUGAGAUUGUUGUGUUACAGUGAUUUUAAAUUGAAAUUGUUUAAUGUUUUAGCAAUCGACUUUUCCGAGGGGUUGAUUACUCGGAUUUUUAGUGUACGCUAGAUUGCAAAAUAUUGCAUUGAUUGCAAGAAAAUUAUAUGGAUUAUAGGGAAUUUAUUAUAAAAAAGUCAGUAUAUAGUAAACAAAUUAUAGCAUAAUAAGAACUGGAAUUAGUAAUAAAAAAAUAUUGAAGGAAUUAAUGUAAAAGGUAGAGAAACUACAAAGAAGAGAUUUAUUUUUUUCUUCCAAAAUCUUUAAAAUAAUUGAAGUUCCUAUAAAUCUUAAUCUUCUCUCGUUAAAUCGUUGAAAUCCGUAAACAAAAUCUUCAAAUAAAACUUAAUUUAUUUCGUAAAGAAUAAAUCAUUUGAAAUUGUUUGAAUGUAAAUAUUGAAUUCAACUUAUUUAUCAAAUUUCUCUGGCAAAAACGUUAAAAUCCCCAGAAAUCUUUGAAAUCCCGUGAACUCCUUGGAGAUUUAAUAAAAUCCUUUAAAAAUUGUGAAAUUCCUUGAAAUACCUUAAAAUCCUUUAAAAUGUUUAAGAUCGUUAAGAAUCCCUUGGAUCUUUAGAAAUGCUACAACAUUCUUAAAGAUUUCUUGACAUUUUUUAUAUCUCUGGAAAUCUUUGGAAAUCCUAUAUUAUUUUUUGAUAUCCACUGACAUAUUUAAAAA